CGCGGGCUGUUGAGAGGCGGUCCGGGCCGGGCCGAGCCGGGGAGUGGGGAGUGCGGGCCGGGGAGGCGGCGGCGGCGGCGGCGGCGACUGGGCCUCGCGGCUCAGCCCCGCAUAGGAGCAGGCUUCCGCGGCGCGCGCCCCUCGCCGAGCCCCACCGCCGAGCCCGCCCCGGGCCGGCGAGCUCUGGUCACCGAGGCCCAGGCCGCCGGCGCGGCGCGUUCUUGAAAUCAUGAAUCCUGUUUAUAGCCCGGGAUCGUCUGGGGUUCCGUAUGCAAAUGCCAAAGGAAUUGGUUAUCCAGCUGGUUUCCCCAUGGGCUACGCCGCCGCGGCUCCUGCCUACUCCCCCAACAUGUACCCUGGAGCGAAUCCUACCUUCCAGACAGGUUACACUCCUGGCACACCUUACAAAGUGUCCUGUUCCCCCACCAGCGGGGCAGUGCCGCCCUACUCCUCCUCCCCCAACCCCUACCAGACGGCCGUGUACCCUGUGCGAAGUGCCUACCCCCAGCAGAGCCCGUACGCACAGCAAGGCGCGUACUACACGCAGCCCCUGUACGCGGCACCCCCUCACGUCAUCCACCACACCACGGUGGUGCAGCCCAACGGCAUGCCGGCGACCGUGUACCCUGCGCCCAUCCCUCCGCCCAGAGGCAACGGGGUCACCAUGGGCAUGGUGGCGGGGACCACUAUGGCCAUGUCAGCAGGUACCCUGCUGACCGCCCACUCCCCCACUCCUGUGGCCCCCCACCCUGUCACUGUGCCCACGUAUCGGGCCCCAGGGACGCCCACCUACAGCUACGUGCCCCCUCAGUGGUGAUUGCCCUGCAAAUGUUCGAGGAUGGAGCUGCGCAGCCCCGUCCCGGAGGUUCCACAGCUGGUGCUGCAGGCCUCGCGCCUCCAACCAGGACUCUCUUCUUAAUGCUCUCGACACUUAGCUAAACACUACUGCGGCCGGCCCAGCCCGCCCCAGCGCCCUCAGUCUCCACCUGACUCUGGGUUGGUCUUAGAGCAAAUCCUGUUUUGUGGGCUGCCAGGCAACUUUUUAGCUAACUGUAAUGUAAAGGGAGUAUUAAUCUGUUCUGAAUCAUAUCUAGUGGAAUGCAUGUUCAAAACAACAAACACAAAAACAAAGCUUGCUCAACCUACCUGCAGUGACUGAUGCAGAACAUCAUAUGCAAAAUCUAAAGGGAUGGACAAGUAUCUUAACAGCCCAUAUCACUCAUGCACUGUGGUAAUGUGUGCAAAGUCUUAAAGUAUUGAAGUGAAUUUCUUCCUAGAGCAUCUGAAAUCUCUUCGAUGAUUCUUCAGCCUUUUGGGGUUGACGUGGGUUGCCAGGUGGAAUCAUGGCCUUCGAGUUUCCAGCCAUCGGUCCUGGCACACUGACCGCAUUGGGAGAGAGUGUAGCGGCCACCACUGUGUGGGGUGUGGCCAAGGUCAUGGGCGCCCCUUUCUUGCUGUUUAGGCUUGUGGGGUCCGUGUAAUGUGGACAUUCUUAGGGGUUACCUUGAAAGAUGAGUAGGGGGGCCGGGCCAGAGUUGGUUUAGGUGUCCGUAAAGCAAUUUCCUCUGCUAUCUAAAUUUUCAGUUCGAAUCUCUUACAGAUAGAGAUGAUGUUUUUUCCCUGUAUCUUUAUUGGAAAAGUCCUGUGUUGAGCUAAAUUAUUUUCCUAGGGUGGAAGAUGUGUGAGAGAGAAACAGCCACACUUGGAGGACAUACUUACUGGCCUCCCCUUUAUCUAGCCUAGAGAAUCAUUCCCUUUUUCUCCCCCGAGAAGUGUCUGCGUCACCUGAGAACAGACGGAGGAGGCAGCGCUGCGCUCCCUCCCACAGAGAGGGCAGAGAUUUCAGCUGCGUGUUGUGAAGAAAGGUGUAUAUUUAAGAAAUAUUAAAAGGGAACAAACCUUUAUUUGAGGUGGAUGGUUUCUUGUAGAGAGGCAGUUGGCUGUGGUUAGGCCCAUCCACCUGAUGGGACUUGUGCUCUGAGACCACCUGGAGGAGGCUCCUGGAGGUGAGGGGGGGCGCAGCCGUGAGCCUUCUGCCCUCUCCUCCUGCAGCUGAGGGCACCCCGCCCAGAGCAGAGGGCCAGCAGAAUCAGAAGGCCUGCCAGGAUCUGUCACAGAAAGGAUUUUGUGUUUAAAAUCUAAAUAUUGUACAUAAGAAACCAGGAGGACUUUACGGCUUAAAUGUGCCCAGCUUGACUCGAUGGGGGGGGGGUGUGUGCGCGCGCGUGUGUGCCUGUGUGUCUGUCUGUCCGUCUGUCCAUUUGUGUCCUCAGGUGGAGUCAGAGCGGCAGGGCGCCCCUGCUCUGCCCUGUCGUCGUGUCAAGGGCUGCGGGCCUCGGGUAGGAGGGACCUUAAUUACCUAUGGCCCUGGCACUGGUGUGGUGGCCAGCCCCAGGUGCUGGGUGGCACCCCUGGCCCCGGGCCUCUGGUAACCUUAUCUUUUAUAGUAAGUACUCUGCAUAGUUUUCUUUUUCACAUUUUUAUUUUGUAAGAAGUUUAGGAAUAUUUUUGCAUGGAUCAUUGUAAACAGAAGAGUCUUUAUUCCUAAUGUGUGUAACGUAGUGUGUUUAAUGAUAAGAACUUUAAAUUGCUUCAAGAGCACUUAACCCACUUUGUGUGUAUGUCUGUGUGUGUGUGUGUGUCUGUGUGUGUUUGUGUAGCAGCCAUCUCCCCCAAGCGCACCGUUUUAUGUCCACUUCCUCAACUUUUUGCUGGUGAUUCCACCUGUAUAGCGGAUGGUUUGUAACAUGGAUAUAUCCUAAUGGUUCCGGGGGCCGAACUGUUCUAGUAACAGAGAAGUCAGUUUCCCCAGGUUAGUGUAACAAAUUAGGAGAAAGUGCCAUCUUAGUAUGUGCUUUUAAAAAGCCCCAAACAACAGAAUGGAAACACACACACACGCACACACUCUCCCUCUCCCUCUCUCUCUCAUGACUACCUGUAGGGCUGGAGUCAUUUGAGUUUGGGAAGAAGAUAGUUAUGCAGACUGUUUCUUCAGGCUUGCCUGAGACUUGGCACACACAGGGUGAGUGUUUUCACGAGCACUGAAUUUAAAUGAUGUUUUCAAGAGAAGGAGAAGAGUGGGUUGCAUUUUUUUCCCCGUUUACAUCAGCUUUAUAAACACUUUCCCCCUAUGAUUUCUAAAAAAAUCUCAUUUCCCUUGUGUGAAGUUGAGUUGGGAGACUUCAUCAAAUAUUUUUGCAUCGUGGAACACAUCUGUGCAGAAAUAUUUUCAAUUGGAAACUGUCAGGGCAUCAGCUAGCAAAUAUGAAAGGUAGAUCUUGGCUGGCAGGUAAGGAUCUGGACAUAAUGAAUAGUAACAAAACUCAUAGGUUGUAAUUGUAGCCGCAUUUAGUUGCAGUAAAAUCAGUUAAGGAGUAGAACUUCUGUCACAGUUGCAUAAUUUGAUAUCCCAAGCACAGCAGUAGAACACGCGGAGAAAUCCUGCAUUUUCUGUAUGUGACAUUCCUAAUUUGAGAGUCCUUCAGCUGAAUUAACACUUAGUUUAGAAGCUGAGACAGGCAAGUAAAGGAACUAAUUCCUAUGAACACAGAUACCGUUUGUCGCACAGCCUCUCCCCCAGGUUAGGAGGUGUGUUUCCCUGCUGAUGCAAAUCCUGCUUGGCCCUGGGACGGGUGACUGGACGUUGGGCAGUGAGUGAUGGUCCCAUCAGCGGCUGCCUCUGAGGGGUGACCCUUCCUGGUCACGGGCACAGAGGUGCUUUCGGAACCCGUGUCCCGUGUUCAGUCUUUUCGGCACGUUCUCAGUGGGGUUAUUAGGCCUGCGGUUGUGUCACGUGACUCUGUCCCUCCAUGCCGUGCAGAUGUAGCACUUACAGGAGCUGGGGCGGGCCUGAGUGGGGCUGGGCCCUGGUCAGCGCACACCUGCCCUCCCCGGCUGCGCUGGCGGUGGCCUGGCAGUAGCGGGGGAGACGCAGUCUGCGGGCGCCUGGGGUGUGCUCCUGUCUGGAGUCCGCCUGCCUGAGGGCAGACACAGGCCCGCUUUCAAAAGGAGACCCAGACUUCUUACCCCGUCCCUGGGCACGUUUGGAAGCAGCAUUAUUCUGACCAUUGGGCCACCUUCUCCCCAUCUGGCAGCAGCAGCCGGACACCCUGGGCCUUGCCAGCCUGGGUGCCCGUCUGAUGCCCCCAUGGGUGCAAGGGCAGGGUUAAGGGUGCAUGGCUACGUGGGGGGCAGCUUCUGGCUCUUCUCUUGGUGCUUCCGAAGGUGGGGGAGGUCUCUAAAGACGCAGGGUUGUCCUAGGGGGCCGGCAUCCUGCGCGGCUCGAGCACAUCUCAGAUGGCGGUGUUGCCCUCCUGAGCUGUUUGUUAUCAGCCUGAGCCUUCUGAAAGUAGCCUGCAGGUGACACGCUGCAGAGGAGGGUCUGAUCUGUUCAGGUAGGACGUUGCAGAGUUGAUCCUACGUGUUUCAGAGGACUUGUCACUUUCCGCACCCUAUUCAUCUGAAGAACAGAAAACCUCUGGGGUAAACUGGUUUGAGUCCCCAGGACUAAUGUUGAGUCACUUGGGACCUGAGACGGAAGAGAGGCAGGCAUCUCUGCAGGGAACCUGCAGUGAGCCUCAGGACAUGCUGUGCGCCCAGGACUCAUCUUGGCCUCCCGGGUCCUGUCGGAGUCUCCUGGGGGCCUCGUGCGGACGGCCAGGCAGUUGGAUACCUGGGCUGGAUCUGAUGGCGGGGUUGCUGUGACUGUCACUCAGGAGAGGCCCCAGGGAGCCACCUGGGUUCUUGUUACUGACUAGGAAACAGUUCCUUUUAUUUUGUUUUUAAUGAUUUUUAGAUACUGUUUUUUUAAACCAUUCUCUUGGUACUUUUCUUAAGCUUAAGUCAGCACCGUCUUCCAGUGUUAAAGGCACCCCUCACCUCUGCAUUGAAUUUAAAGUGUCAAUCGAUACAAAGAAAUGGAACAUCCAUCCUGAGCCAGUUCCAUUAUGUGUAAAUUCAUACUAUUUUAAUUUUUUAUGCAAUCUGAUGAGUAGAAGAGCUCAGAUUUAAAAUUCUUAAAAAAGCACGUUUAUGUAACAAGAAUUGUUAUGUAUUAAUACUGCAGUUUUCAAUAAAGAUUGACUUGUGUUGCA